GGGCAGCGUGUUCACUCCUAACUCGUUCUAAUUUAAUACCAGCGCACACAAUUACACAGAAUCUCUUCAGAAUCACCUGGAAUUAUAUCGGACCGUCGCUUCACAUUCAGCGCCCCCAUGCUUCAGCUCCGGCGUCCUGUAAUCUCAGCCUAGACCUUCCACCCGCUGAUUGUGAGCAUGUCCGCCGAGUCCGGGCUCAAGUCGUACCUGUCCGGGGGCGGGUCCGAGGAGGAGGGGGAGGGGUCCGGCGUCCCCAUGCCUCACCUGCACGAGAUGGGCGGGGCCUCCGAUGGGAGCGACAGCGGCAACGACCCGCCGGCUUCCCCCGGCUGCCGCCCGCCGCUGCACGAGGACAUGGAGAUGGGGGGCAACGGUUCGAGCGGGAGCGACACGGAAUCCCAUGGCAACGAGUGGCACGGCAACGAGUCAGUCGGAGGGUCCAGCGGCAACGGCAAGGAUUCGGCGCUGCUGGGAUCUUCAGGCAGCAACAAGAGUUCAAACUCUCAGAGUUCUUCACCUCCGAGCAGCUCCAACACCUACAGCCUGCUGAGCUCCGAGCAGGACCACCCGUCCACCAGCGGCUGCAGCAGCAGUGAGCAGUCGGCGAGGACGAAGACUCAGAAGCAGCUGCUCAAGACCCUGAAGAAGCUGAAACAUCACCUGCCCGCUGAGAAGCGCAGCAAGGGCCGAGCGAGCACGCUGCACACACUCCGCUACGCCCUGCGCUGCGUCAAACAGGUCAAAGCGAAUGAGGAGUACUAUCAGAUGCUGAUGGUUAAUGACAGCCAGCCGCCGGGUCUGGACGUUUCUUCCUACACCAUCGACGAGAUCAACAGCAUCAUGUCUGAAUACACCCUCAAGAACACUGAUAUCUUCGCAGUGGCCGUGUCCUUGAUCACCGGGAAGAUCGUGUACAUAUCGGAGCAGGCCGCCACCAUCCUGCACUGCAGGAUGGACGAGUUCACGGACAGGAAGUUUGUGGAGUUUCUGACGCCGCAGGAUGUGAGUGUGUUCUACAGCUACACAACUCCGUACAGACUGCCGGCGUGGAGCAUGUGCACCGGUACAGAGUCGUCAGCGGCUGAUUUUGUGCAGGAGAAAUCCUUCUUCUGCAGGAUCAGUGGAGGGAAGGAGAAGGACGGUGAUCUUCAGUACUACCCGUUCAGGAUGACUCCGUAUCUGAUGAAGGUUCAGGACACCGAACUGUCUGAGGAACAUUUCUGCUGCCUCAUCCUGGCGGAGAGGGUUCACUCGGGAUAUGAAGCACCCAGGAUUCCCACAGACAAGAGGAUGUUCACAACGACACACACACCCAACUGUGUGUUCCAGGAUGUUGAUGAAAGGGCAGUUCCUCUGUUGGGGUACCUGCCACAGGACCUGAUUGGGACCCCUUUUCUUCUUCACAUUCAUCCUGAUGACAGAUCGACCAUGCUGGCAGUACAUCGCAAGAUUCUGCAGUACGUGGGCCAGGCGUUUGACCACUCGUCCAUCCGGUUGUGCACCAGGAACGGCGAGUACAUCACGCUGGACACCAGCUGGUCCAGCUUCGUCAACCCCUGGAGCCGCAAAGUGUCUUUCGUCAUCGGCCGACACAAAGUGCGCAUGGGGCCGGUGAAUGAGGACGUGUUUUCAGUUCCCACCUUCACAGAGGGGAAGAUCAUGGACUCGGACAUCCAGGAGAUCACAGAGCAGAUCCAUAAAAUCCUGAUGCAGCCUGUACACAGUUUAGGCUCCAGUGGUUACGGUAGUCAUGGCAGCAACGGUUCCCAUGACCACAUGCAAAGUGUGACAUCAUCCAGCGACAGCAACAGCAACGCUAACGUCGCCGCCGGCAACGACAACGCCGCCAACAGCGAGCGAGGCAAAACCAAACCAAGGUCAUUUCAGGAGAUCUGUAAAGGAGUUCAGAUGCUAAAGAUGCAGGACCAGCAUCUUAAAUCUGAUCCGAAGAAGAGUGCAGAGACAGGGUUAAAAUCACCUGGUGUGAAGCAGAAGGACGCCGCUCCGGUGGUGAGAGACGGUACUGCGGCAGUGGAGGAGCUGAGGGACCAAACCUUAAACUCCUACCAACAGAUCAGCUGUUUGGACAGUGUGAUCAGAUAUCUGGAGAGCUGUAACACACCCAUCACAGUGAAGAGGAAGUACCAGUUCUCCUCCAACACCACCUCCUCCAACUCAGACGAGGAGAAGAAAGGAGGUGAUGGAGCUGUAGCCGGCGCCGAAGAUUCUAUGAAGACCAAUAAGAAGUCUUCGCCGGACGUGGUGGGCGGGGCCUUGGCUGAGAGCGUGGUGUCCAUCCCGUCUCAGUGCUCCUACAGCAGCACCAUCGUCCACGUCGGCGAUAAGAAACCACAGCCUGCAGAGUCAGAGAUUAUCGAGGACGUAUCCGAGAGCCCGACCCCGCCCGCGGCGGAGCGGGGCGCCUACAGGAAGGUGGGUCUGACCAGACGGGUGCUGGCGGCCCACACGCAGAAGGAGGAGCAGGCGUUCCUGAGCCGCUGUAAGGAGCUGUGCCUGGCGUCGCUACAGAGGAGCGGUACAGGCGGCGCGGAGAGGGAGCGCCGACACGCCGGCGACGCAGCUCAUGCAGCCAAACCCGGCACAUCGGGGGCGGAGCCGACCACCAAAAGGAGCGGGCGAACCAAAAAAUCCAAGAAGCCUCGCAUAAGGAAAUCCGAAUCGUCUGACAGCGCCGUGUCCCAGCGCAGACCCCGCCCGCCCCUGCAGGGACUCGAUCAGACGUCCUGGUCGCCGUCCGAGGCGUCUCGGUCUGCCUUCUCUGUUCCGUACCCGGCCAUGAUGCCCGGCUACACUAUUUACCCCACUACGCUGCCCCCUGCUGGCAACCACGGUACAUCAGGCGGGUUCGGAGACUCUCGGAGCGCUCAGGCUCCGCCCACCGCUCCUCAGCUCGCCGCACCCAUGGUCACGCCCGUGGUGGCCUUCGUCCUGCCCGAUUACAUGUUCCCUGAGGUUGGCAUGGCCGCGCGCCCGCCUUUCUAUCCGGAACAGCACCAGGCCUACGCUCCCCAGCAGCUCUUCCGGCCGCAGCACAUACAGCAGAACUACAACUCCCAGAAUCCUUUGCAGCCCCAGCAAGCCCAGUUCCAGACACAACCGAACUCCGCUCCCCAGCAGCCCCAUCAGCAAGCGUACCCACCACAGCACACGUACCUUACCCAGAACCCCUUUCGGCCCCAAACCCCGUACACGCCCCCUCAGACGUGUUGCCUUGACGACGACGCUCAGAGCGACGCCCUGUCCACGUCCAGCGAGCCGAUGGAGCUGCUCAUGCAGGAGGACUCGGGAUCGGCCACGUCCGCGUCCACCGGCUCCAACGGCUGCGACACCUCCAACAGCGGCACAGGCGAGUGCAGACCCACCAAGUAUUUCGGCAGCGUGGACUCGUCCGAGCACGAGGAGAAGAGGGAGGAAGCUAAACAGAACUUCAAAUACGUCCUGCAGGAUCCGCUCUGGCUGCUCGUGGCCAACGGCGACGACAAAGUCCUGAUGAACUACCAGGUCCCGCCACGGGACCUGGAUCAGGUGUUGCGGGACGAUCGGGAGCGUUUACGGCAAAUGCAGAAGAGUCAGCCGAGGUUCACGGCGGAUCAGCGGCGGGAGCUCGUAGACCAGCACCCGUGGAUGAGGAGGGGGGGCCUGCCGAAAGCCAUUAACAUCAAGGACUGUAUGUACUGUAAGGACGAUGCCGCCCCCAUGUUAGAGGACAACCUGCCUGACAUGGCGCUCGGCCUUCUGGGAGUUGAGGCCGCGCAGGAGGAGGGCGUGUCCCAUACACAGGAAGAGGAGGAGCAGCCUGGUUUGGGCUCUGUGUCCUAGCGGCUCCUGGUUUCUUCUGUACAAACAGUGAAGUGCAUUACGGGUAUUCUCUAACACCCCCAGCUCACCCCCCUCCACCACCACCACCGUGCAGCGUCUGGACUCUUUUGGACCGUAGAUGCUAAAGUGCAGUUCCAGAACCACGUGGAUCUUCCAGCUCGGUGCACACGGCUCGUUUUACACCAGAUUCACUGAUCAAUGUAGCAGCUACUAACCAAACGGUGCCGGUGCUUUCUCACUGCACGCCACCCUGUGGUACGGUGCAAUAUGCCACACUCAGUGGUUGUUUCUAUUGCCUAGUGAACCAUGCCGUACCUAGGGACCCGUGAUGAACUCAGUUACCCUUCUUGAUCAGGGACCAAGCGUACCGCUGAUCGGUCAAGCAUGCUAUCCCAUCAGUGCUGAGAUCUCUAACUCUCCAGUUCCAAUCUCAGCUCUGCUAUCAGCCGGCCGGGCGCCUACACAGACUCACGAUUGGGAGAUAUGGAUGCCACGUUCCGGAUCGUAUCGUAGAGAGUUGGCAGUGGAGAAGCUGCUCGUCGGAACACGGCGGUUAUCUGCGAGAUCUCAGCUGCCGAGAUUCCUGAGCAGAACCGAAAAGUGUGUGAGCUUUUAAAUGUGAAGUAAAUGAAAUAUAAAAGUGGUUCAAACUUCAGGUGUUUGGAUGUUUGGAUUUGACCAAAUCACGCUCCAGAACUGUUCACCCGGGUUUUAGACCCACUGAUCAGCUCAUUAACGGCGUCGGCACUGUGACACGAGGAACGUCUCCCUCCUCGUCCUCUAAAUCCUGAACUGUGACCAACAAUCACUAACUGUAAAACUUUCUGAUCUUCACGUCUAAAAUAUUACAAAGUAUUAUCAUACUGUAGAUAAAAUCACCAGAAACAGCUUUAUUUAUUUAGCCGUGUAUAAAACUGUGAAAGAAGCUCCGGUCAGAGACGUUGGGACUCGUACAGGGUUCCAGAUUUUUGUUAAUAUGUAAGAAUUGUUUUUUUUCUGAGAGCAGCUACUUUAUGAACUUGUGUACGUCAGUUAAUGUGCUGCAUCUUUUCUUCUUAUUAUUAUUAUUAUAUUUAUUUUGUCAUUUUGUCCCUUUUGACCGAGGAGGGCCGUCCCCUCCGACACGUGUGUUAUUCACCGUCUCUGUGCAGCUCCUGGAUCAGCCAGCAGAGGCCCUAAUUGCAGCAGUGAUGAGAAAUCCCUUCAGCCUGCCCUCUCUCAGACACAGCCAGUGUUCUAGCACUGCGCCACCUGAGCGCCCCGUGCGCUGCAUUUUUAGCCAGCAGCGGCUAUCCUGUCCACUGUACUGAUGGAGGUUUGUUUAUACACUGGACACACUGAGUACUGGACACGCCCCAGUACAGAGGCUCAUCUGAACUUCCUAAACAUGCACAAGCAUCGAUUUAAUCCCUGUGCAGCUUAAAUCUGCUGAAAAUCUCAUGGACAAUGAUGAUCACCACUGAGCAAGUGUAUGAGACGACCAGAACAGAAAGAAGCUCCUGAACCACAUUAAGUCCGGCAAGUUUCGUUACUUUUGGCGUCUGAUGAGGCCCCACAUGAGGACGUUGUAGACACUGCAUGGCAGGACACAGAAGACGAAGCUGGAUUGAUGAUGUCAUGACGUGGAUUGUCUGUUACAAGAGGCACGAGACAGACGGCACUGGAGAAAGCUGACCCAUCACAGACCAACCAUCACAAAGAGAUACUGGCAGACUGAUGUGAUGUGACGUGAUGUGAGUUGCAAAUUGCGUGUAGUGACAUGUUUUGUCCUCAGAGGGGCUCCAGAUCCCCAAAUCUUCAUCAGUUUCGUCCUGCUGCUUUAAGUCAGUAACUGAUAAAUCACUGAGCUCUGAUUUGCAGUAUUGUAAUUGGUUAUCGGUUAAUGUUAGGAGCAGUUUAGGUAAAGAGAACCAGACAUUAUACUACAGUGAAAGAGUAAAACCCCCAGUUUCUGUUACAGCUGGUUAUUAGAAGCGUUUUAAUGACAGUGUGCGCUUUUACCCUUUAUAGGGAAUAAAUUUUAAAAAGAAAACACAGCUGCCUUAUUCUGUUGUUUCUCUUAUCGUUGUUUGUAUUACUAUUAUUUCAUUGUAAUAAAUACAGUUGA